GACUGGCAAGAUGCCGCCGGCGAUGGCGGCGGCGGCAGCGCCGCGCCGUCUCCUGUUCCCCGUAUCGCCUCCCCUGUCGAAGACGCUGAGGGUUCUCCCCGUGGCAAGAGGUGGUCAGAGCCAGAGGAGGCAUGUCGCUCUGGCGAGGUCCGCGCGGCCGCGCCCCCUCGAUGACGAGCUGGCUGCCGGCUUCGUCCGCAGCCUCGACGCCCCGGGGCAGGAGGACGCGGGCGGGAGGUACGACCCCAAGCCCGGGGACUUCGCCGUCGGGGUGGUGGUCUCCGGCACCGAGGCGCGCCUCGACGUCGCCGUGGGCGCCGACCGCCUCGCCACGCUCCUCGCCAAGGAGCUCCUCCCGCUCGACCGCUCCGAUCCCCGCGCCUUCGCUGAGGCAGCUCCGCCUCGGCCGGGGAGCGUGGGGGUCGUGGCGAGCCCCACCGCCGGUGAGGAUGCCCGGAGGCAGAAGCCCGGGGGCAGGAUGCUGGUGCCACCCGGCACGGUGGUGUUCGCCGAGGUGCUGGGUCGCACGCUGAGCGGCCGGCCGCUGCUGUCAGCGAGGCGACUCUUCCGGCGCCUCGCUUGGCACCGCGCCCGGCAGAUUAUGCAGCUUGACGAGCCAAUUGAGGUCAAAAUUUACGAGUGGAACACCGGGGGCCUUCUCACAAGAAUUGAGGGGCUGAGAGCAUUCCUUCCUAAGUUUGAGCUCAUGGACAGGAUAAAGACGUUCACAGACUUGAAAAACAAAGUUGGGUGCAGCAUACGUGUGUGCAUUACAAGGCUUGAUGAAGAGACUAAUGACCUGAUAAUUAGUGAGAAGAAAGCUUGGGAAAUGACAUAUCUUAAAGAAGGAACUCUUAUUCAAGGGACUGUUCGCAAGAUUUUCCCAUAUGGUGCUCAGGUUAGAAUAGCUGGGACCAACAGGAGUGGAUUGUUGCAUAUUUCGAAUAUUAGUCAAGGGCGUGUCUUUUCAGUAAAUGACAUCCUAAAGAUGGAUGAUGAGAUAAAAGUUCUGGUGGUCAAGUCAAAUGUUCCAGAUAAAAUUGCGCUUAGCAUAUCUGAUCUUGAGAGUGCUCCUGGUCUAUUUCUUACGGACAAAGCAAGGGUGUUCUCAGAAGCCGAGGAAAUGGCAGAGAGGUACCGGGAGCAGCUUCCAGCUGAUUCUAAGAACACUAAAUUAGAUGCUGACCUUCAAGGAGGUACAGUUCCAUUUGAUGACGAGGGUACAUUGUACGCAAACUGGAAAUGGUUUCAAUUUUUGGAGGAUGGCAAACCAGGUGAAAACGACAACUGAACGUAGUGGCAGUUUCUGCAACUUUCGUCGAUUGUAUGUUGUGAGGACAAUUUGGUUGCUGCUGAAGAACUUAACUUCAGGCAUACAAAGUUAAAAUCUAGUUGGAUGACCAGGAAAAUUGAUGGUUCUUGGUGAGAGCACAUCAUGUUCCAAGGAACCAGCAUAUGCAAUCUUCAUCUGGCAAUGGCAUCAACAACAGAAGCAACAACAAAAUUUCUUUGUCAGCUACUAGCAUCUAUCAGCAAAGAGGAAUUUCUUUGUAAGCCUCCUGUUCUCUGGCAAAUUUUGACACUGGCCAGAAAAUGACACGUUUUGUGAAUGGACUAACUACACUUAUAGCUCACUAGAGAAAACUUCUAGUACUUCGGAGUAGCAUAUAUUUGUGCAACUAGAGUUCAUUAUUAGAGCGCUAGCAUUUACUCUCUCUGU